AUGACCAGGCGCUGCCCAGAGAGCUUAAUAUUGGAGAAUGCCAGAAAAGGUUUCGUUGGACAUGGUGGUCUUGUUGCCUGUGGUUUUGCUCUGAUGUUUUUCAUUGGAACCACCAGAGUCGCCCCAAGCACACCUUCUCGUGAGCGGGAGACGUAUCAAUAUCCGUGGCCUCGCGGGCCGAUUCCCCGGGCCGCGACCCCGUGGACGCGGCGCGCUUUUUUCGCGGAUGCGCCGAACGGAACGUAUCUAUCCAUGCCACCGCGUAUCUACUGGAUGGCGCACGGAAUCCGAACCGUGAGGGCGUGGGAAUGGAUGCGUUCGCCGCUCGUGAUUUUGGACCCCUCAGGAAAGGAGACAUCUGCCCCCCCCCAACGGCUCAUUCCGCUCACAUCUUACCAGCCUGAAACAUGUCUCCAUCCCUAUGAUUGUCAUCACCUUGUCUCGAUGCCGAUCUCAAGGACCUCCUCAGUUUCACAGCGCGAGCCCUCAAGAUAUCGCAAGCUUGGCUUGUCAAUCUUAGGGAUAGGGAUAAGUAAGUUCGAGGCUGGUCAACAUCUGCAGGCUUGCCCCAGGCGAGCCCGACGCCCGCGGUGGCGUCGACGAGGAGCACGGCUGCAGCUCCAGCGCCGACCUGCAGGGCGCGUCGGGGGUCGAGCCGCUGACGCACGGCGGUGCCGCGGGCCGUCUCUGUUGAGCAGCGCGUGGCGCGGGGUGGCGAACAGCAGCGGGAGCUACAGCAACCUCGACUCCGAAUUGCUAAAGGCGGAGCAGGACGACGGCCCCGGGACCUACCGCGUCAUCUCGGCAGGGCCUCGUCUCAAGGCGCUCCCCGUGAGCAAGGACUAUGACCGCACCAGCGCGAAGGUGGGGGAGGUGGUGGUGCAGCAGGAGGUGAAGGUCCUGCAGGUGGCCCCGGAGCUGAACGACGGCAGGCGGCGAGCCCGCAUCGCGGACCCCGCCGGCUGGAUCACUCUGCUGGCCACCAAGAAGAACGUCCGAUUUGCCGUGAAGCAGCCGGACUUUCUGGCGGUGAAAGGUUGA